AUGGCAGAGGAGUAUGAAAAAUAUAAGCGGUUCGAGUACCGCAUGAACUCAAAUCUUGUGCUACAGAGGGAAGGGCCUGUGCCUAACUUCAAUGAGCCCACAGGGGAGAGUGAAAGUUUGGCUGGAAAGUUGAAAUACAAAAUGGGAGACAAAGUAGAAUAUACAAAACCAGGUAGGGAAAAGAAUAAAGAUAAAGAAUCGUUUAGAAGAAGCAAUAAAAGGAAGGAUCUUUUUUUUGAUUCCAAGAGAAAGAGAUUAAAGAGAGGAAGUGGUGGUAGAAGCGUAAAGGAAAAAAGUGUUUUAAAUAUUAAUAUACAAGAUAUCUUUAUGUAUAAACCUACAACAAAGUACACAGAAAAAAUAUUUUGUAACAUUAUGGGUAUCGUUAGAAAUUUGAUUGGUGAUAAUACAGGAGACAUUAUUAACAGUGCAUGUAAUGAAAUUUUAUAUAUUUUAAAAAAUGAAAAUUUAACAAAUGAAGAGAAAAAAGCACAAGUGGAAAAUGCACUCGAACUGUCUACUAUGAGCGAUGAACAUUUUAUUGACCUGAAUAAUUGUGCCAGGGAAAUUUAUGAUUUUAACAAAAAAGAGGUUCUGGAAGAGGUAGAUGAUGAGGAAGGGGUUGCUGUUGUUUUUGAGGAAGAUGAUGAAUAUUUUGAUUACAGCAGGAGUAGGAAAGAGAGAAACGGGGAGAAAAUAAAUCAUGAUGAUGUUGCCAGCACCAACGAAUUCAGUGAUGACUAUCACGAUGGGGAAGUAGAAGAAGAGGAAGGGGAGGAAGAGGAGGAAGAGGAGGAAGAGGAGGAAGACGAAGAAGAAGAAGAGGAAGCAGAGGAAGAGGAAGAAGAGAAGGAAGAAAUGGAAGAGAAAGAAGAUGAUGGCAGAGACGAAGCAGAAGAGGCAGAGGAAGAAAGAAAGAAGAAUGCGAGUGAGAAAAAGACGAUUUCUUCCAGAGAAAGCAGAGGAAAGAAAAGUUCUAAAGUAGGUAUUAUUGGAGCCCUACCUGGAGUUUUGAAAAGAAAGCAAGAUAAAGAGGAAAAGCAUUUGAGUUUGAGAAAUAUGAAUAAAGAUAUAGGAGGAAAAAAGAAAGAUGCAGAAGAUUAUGAAUUGGAAGCAAAUUUGAUUGAUGCACAUUGGCUACAAAGAGAACUAAACAAAGUAUUUAGCGACCCAUCACUUUGUUUAGAGAAAGAAAAGGAAGUGUUAAAAGUUUUGAAGAUUUAUGAUAUACAAGAAUGUGAAAAUAAACUGGUUCAUAUUUUGAAAUAUGAGAAUUUUCCUAUGGCUAAAUUGUUAAUAAAAAAUAGGUGGAAAAUUUACUAUUGCACCUUGCUUGGUCAGGCACAAACAGAGAAAGAGAAGAAAAAUAUUAUGGAACAUAUGAAAAAAAGCGAAGAAGGCGAGGAAAUAUUACAAGAACUGUCAAAUUUUAAAGCUCAAAAGAGAAAUAAGCAAAUUGAAUUCGCGAAAACGAUGAGGAGAGAAGCAGACAAUUUGUUUAGUAGUCGAAGGUAUGAGCAUGUGAGCGAGCAGGGACUCCUUGAGGGUGGGAAGUUCAUACACGAAGGGGAAGAAAAUGAGAGGGAAGAGGAGGAGGAGGAGGAGGAGGGAGGAGAAGACGAAGAUGGAGAAGACGAAGAUGGAGAAGAAGAAGAUGGAGAAGACGAUGAUGGAGGAGACGAAGAUGGAGAAGACGAAGUGGAGGAAGAGGAAGACGAGCCAUCGGAGAGGCCGAAGCAAAGCGAACAAAGGAAAAAGGUAAAUGUGAAGAUGAAGAACAGAAAGAAGAAAAGGAGUAUUGUAGAGGGAGAAGAACAAGGGGGUGAAGGGGAAAUGUGUGCAGAAGAAUUUAGGGCGAAAUACAUAGAUCUUGAAAAAAUGGAAAGAAAGGAAAAAGGAAGAGAUUUCUUUAACCAAGAAGUUAUUUUGCCAACUGAAAGCACUCGAAUAGAGCGUAAAGAAUAUGAUGAAAUAAUAAUAUCAAGUGUAAGAAGCAAAGACAAUAGUAGGAAUAAUGAUUCAUCUGAUAAGAGAAAAGGAAAUUAUUUUACAAACCCAGAUGAUAUAAAAUUAAUCAGUGUAAAUGACCUACCUGAAUGGAGCCAAGAAGUGUUUACAUGUGUGAAUAUAAAAAAAUUAAAUGCAAUACAAUCAAAAGUAUAUGAAGUAGCAUUUAAGAAUUAUGAUGAAAAUAUGCUAAUAUGUGCUCCUACAGGUUCAGGAAAAACGAACAUUGCUCUGUUAUGUAUUUUGAAUGUUAUUAACAGUUAUAGAUUACGGAGUGGUAACAUUGAAAGAAAAAAUUUUAAAAUUGUAUACAUUUCUCCAAUGAAAGCAUUGGUAAAUGAGCAAGUACAAUCAUUCAAUCUGAGAUUAAAAUGUUUAAAUAUUAAGGUUAGUGAAUUAACAGGAGAUGUACAUUUGAGUAGUAAAGAAAUUGAUGAAAGUCAAAUUAUUGUUAUGACUCCAGAAAAAUUUGAAAUUAUAAGUCGUAAGUGGAAUGAAAAAAUAUUAUUGCAAAAGAUCAAGUUGAUUAUUUUUGAUGAAAUUCAUUUGCUUAAUGAACAACGUGGUAAUGUAUUGGAGAGUAUUAUUAGUCGCAUUAACAGAUAUGUAGACAACACUCUUGUGUUUGACAUGUCAACUUCGGGUGUUGUAUUGGGUACUGAGGAGGGGGAGGAAGAGGAGAACAAUCCUCAUGGAAUCCGAAAUGAUGGUGCAAAGGGUGGUAUGAUGAACCCUAGCAGAAGUAGUAGUAACUCAAAUAAUUUAAGUAAUAUUCAGAAAAGGAAGAUUCGAUUAGUGGGUCUUUCUGCAACUCUUCCAAAUUAUGAAGAUGUAGGAAUUUUUUUGCGUGCGAAUUUGGAGAGAGGUGUGUUUUAUUUUGAUUAUUCAUUUAGACCGGUACAAUUGGAACAGCAUUACAUAGGACUAAAGGAAAAGAAAGGAAUUAAAAAGUAUGCAUUGAUGAAUGAGGUGACAUAUGAAAAGGUUUUAGAAGAAGCUGGUAAAAAUCAAAUACUUAUUUUUGUUCAUAGCAGAAAAGAAACAUAUCGAACAGCAAAAAUAUUAAUUGAUAAAUUUAUGAAGAGUGACAAUUUAAGUAGAUUUCUUAUGGGGAAGAAAAUUUCGAGUGAAAUUUUACUAUCAGAAAAAGAAGCUAUAGUGAAUGAUGAAUUGAAAGAAAUUCUUUCUUUUGGAUUUGGCAUUCAUCAUGCAGGUAUGAAAAGAACAGAUCGAAAAUUAGUAGAAGAUUUAUUUUCGGAUAGACAUUUACAAGUUCUUGUAUCAACAAGUACAUUAGCAUGGGGUAUAAACCUUCCAGCACACACUGUUAUUAUAAAAGGGACGAGUGUAUACAACAUCAACAUUGGUGAUUUUGAUGAAUUGUCUCCCAUGGAUAUACUUCAAAUGGUUGGAAGAUCAGGAAGGCCACAGUAUGAUAAGAGUGGCAAGGCUAUAAUAAUAACAGAUCACAGAAAUUUGCAAUUAUACCUUUCUCUAAAUAAUGAGCAGUUAUUCAUAGAAUCGACUCUACUAAGUAAUAUUGUUAAUGUGAUAAAUUCUGAAAUUGUUUUAAAAAAUAUUCAAAAUUUUAAAGAAGCUGUAGACUGGUUUCGUUACACAUAUCUGUACAUACGUAUGAUGAAGAACCCGUGUUUAUAUGGAAUAUUGGAGAUGACUGAAAAAAUGGAUUCUUCAGAAUUUUUAGAAAAUCGAGAAAAUAUGAAAAAGAUGUGGAAAAAUGCAGAUUUGUUCAUGGAAAAAAUAAAUAAGAAAAUUUAUAGCAUAAUUUAUUCUGCUUUUUUAAUACUUGAAAAAUAUGAUUUGAUAAAAUAUAAUAAGAAAUUAAACACAGUUAGUAGUACAUAUAUUGGGAAAAUCAGUAGUUACUACUACAUUGAUUAUAGAUCAAUAGAUUUGUAUAAUAAAAAGUUGAAUAAACAUACGAAUGAAAUAGAACUGUUAAAGGUAUUUGGAAUGAGUGAUGAAUUUAAACAUAUAUUCGUUAGAGAAGAAGAAAAAGUAGAGUUACAGACCAUUAUGGAAAAGUUACCAAUCCCAGUGAAGGAAUCAAUAAACAUUCCAUAUACAAAGAUAAACAUACUGCUACAGUUGUAUCUUUCAAAUAUAACAUUAGGUGGAUAUGUCAUCAAUGCAGAUUUGGUAUACAUUCAACAGAAUGCUUUGAGAAUUUUUAGAUCCUUGUUCGAAAUUUCGUUAAAAAAAAAUUCUUACAGUUUAACUGCACUUACUUUAAAAUUUUCCAAAAUGAUUGAGAGGAGAAUGUGGGGAACUAUGUCUCCUUUAAGACAGUUUGGUCUAUUAAGUAAUGAAUUGAUUCGAAUUAUAGAGAAGAAAAAUAUCACAUUUAAGAAUUACAUAAAUAUGAGUCUAAAUGAGUACAUAACUAUUUUUAAAAAUAAAAAAAUUGCAAAAAAUGUGUACAAGUUAGUGCACCAUUUUCCAAAAAUUGAAUUAAAUGCCUACAUUCAACCAAUUAAUCAUAAAAUGUUAAAAGUAGAAUUAAAUAUAACCCCUGAUUUUAUUUACAAUCCAAAAUACCAUGGAUAUUUUAUGCUUUUUUGGAUUUUUGUAUUUGACAUUUCUAAUGAAACCAUGCUUCACUAUGAUUUGUUUACUCUAAAGAGGAGUGGUAGUAGAUAUGGAACAUCCUUUAUUGGUUCCGAAUCUGAUGCAAGUGCAUUUAUCAGUGGAGGUUAUGAAUUGAAUGAAUCGAAAGAUCACCAUCACAUGCAUGCAUCUGACAGUUUGGAUGAUCAUUUAUUAACUUUCUUUGUCCCAAUAAAUGAAAAUCCAUUUUAUAUUGUAAAAGUGGUAUCUGAUAAAUGGUUAGAAUGUGAAAGUACAAUUAAUUUAUAUCUAAAGGAUAUAAUUUUGCCACCAAAAACAUUUUUCUCAACUCCACUUUUAGAUUUACAAGCACUUCCAGUGACUUCCUUAAAAUUUGAGGAUGCAAAGGAUUUUUUCUUAAAGAGGAGAAACAUGAAACAUUUUAAUCCAAUUCAUACACAGGUAUUUUCAUCAGUAUAUGAAAACAGUGGGAAUGUCAUAAUUUGCAGUUCUGCUUGUCGUUACUACUUAAUAUCAGCUGAAUUGUGUAUUCUUAGAAUGGUAAAAUGUGUAAGUGAAUUAAAAAUGUUUUUGAGAAAAUUUAUUAAGAAAGAAGAAGAUUUGUUAAAAAUCAUGAGUAACAAGAAUAUUGCAAGUAUUGCAUAUAACAACCCUGUAGAAUUUAUCAAGGUAGUUUAUAUUACCCCACUAGAUGAUAUUGUUUUCAAAACAUUUCAGAAUUGGAUAAAUUUUGCAAACUCGUUUGGAUUACAAAUGGUAGUUUUAACUGGAGAUGUACAAAUUGAUAUGAAAUUGUUACAAAAAAAUAAUAUCAUUUUAUGCACUCCUGAGAAGUAUGAUAAUAUAUCCAAAAAAUGGAGAAGAAAAAAAAUUUUCCAAAAUAUUAAUUUGUACAUUUUUGAUCAUAUGGAACUACUGGACAGUGCUCAAGGAUCCAUAAUGGAAGUUGUAAUUAGUCGUGUUAGGUAUAUAUCAACUCAGAUGCAGAUGGGAAAAUCUCACAAAGGAAGAAGAAAAGGUCACCACAUCCAUUCGUUAUCUGUUGAUUCCCUCGACGAGAAAUCCAAUAUGAUGAUGGUUCCAGAGAUUCCUUCAUUUGUCACGUUGAACUUGGUUGAUGAGUGGGAAGAAAUGCGUUCCGCUGAAGAGGUUGCCAUGGUUGGCAAUGUUGGUGGUUCUGGCCGUGAUGACGAACGUAAAGCAAUACACAGCCUGAACAAACUGCAGCACUUAAGCAUGGAAGACGUGUAUGAGAAUAUUGGAUCGAACCGAAUUUUGUGCCUGGCUAGCUGUUCGAUAAACAAUUGUAAGGAUAUGGGGGAAUGGAUCGGAUGCAAAAAGAAUGAUUAUUACAAUUUUUUGUCAAGUGUUAGAAGUAUCCCCAUCGAAAUUUACCUGCACGCAGUGAGCAUAAUGAAUAUACAGAAUCGAUACCUCUCGAUGCAGAGGCAGGUGUAUCAAACAGUUUGUAAGUUGAAGAAGAAGAAGAACGUAAUAAUUUUUGUGACAGAAAAUAAAAUGUGCAAGACUCUGGCCUUAGAUUUGGUUCUUUCUGCGAGCAAUGAGGGAUUGGAAUUUUACUCGUCCUUGGGCAGUAGUAGUAGUAGUAGUAGUAAUACUACUACUACGAACAGUGGUAGAUGUCGAAGUAGAAGUGAUGUCGGUGCAGAGAAGUGCGAACGGGAGAAAGAACUCCUGUUCGAGCAUGUGCAAGACAAAGUGCUAACACAAUUGAUGAAGAAGGGAGUUGGAUAUGUACACAAGAACAUGAGUGAAACGGAUAGGAAGAUUGUGGAGGCAUUAUUUGAUAAGAAAGGUAUACAAAUUUUAAUAGUUCCACAUGAUUAUGUGUAUAUGCUGAAUGUGUAUGGAAAUACAGUUAUACUUCUGGACACUGUAAUUACCCAUUUUGAUGGGAAAGAAGAGGAUUAUUCAAUUCAGAGUGUGUUGGAAAUGUUAAGUUAUGCUGGUAGAGAAGGAGAAGAUACCAAAUCGUUUGUUUAUAUAUAUACCUACAUAACAAAGAAGGAGUAUUAUAAGAAUUUUAUUUAUGAACCAUUAACUGUUGAAUCUAGUAUAGAAGAUUUUAUUCCUAAUUAUUUGAAUAAUGAAAUUGUUAUGAGUACGAUUGAAAAUUAUCAAGAUGCUAUUGAUUGGUUAACAUGGACCUUUUUUUAUAGAAGAAUUAAGAAGAAUCCAAAUUAUUAUGGGUUAAAGGGUAUAUCAAAUGAACACAUAUCAGAUUAUCUAUCAGAAUUGAUUGAAAGCAAUAUGGAACUUCUUUCCUUUGCCAAUUGUAUAACUAUUGAAGAGAAUGAGAAUAAGAGUGGAAUAUCAAAUGAUGGAGCAGGAGGAGAAACUCAAACUGGUGGAGGAGUUGUAAUUAAACCAUGUAAUCUUGGAAUUAUUUCAUCAUACUACAACUUGGAUUACCAUGUUGUUCAUUUUUUUAAUCAAUACAUAUUAAAUUUGAAAGGGUUAAAAAAAAGCAGAAUUUUAGAAAUACUUUGUUUGUCAAAUGUUUUUAAACAAGUGUUGAAUAUAUCAAACUAUGAUAUUCUCCUAUGUGUGAAGAUAGCCCAAACGUGUAAUGUGCAGGUAAGUUCUGAGUUCUUUAAGUUAUCCAUAAGCAAUGAAAAUUUUACUGAGACAAAGAGAAUUGAUUCUGCUGGGGAAGGAAGCACUUCUAAAGCAGAAGAGGAAGAAGAAAAGAAUAAUAAAAAAGAAGAGUGCAUAAAUUUGAUGAACUUUGUUAUCAACCCUAUGUAUUUUACACCCAAUUUGAAAGCAUUAGUAAUAUUGCAAGCUCAUUUAAAUCGAUACAGUAUACCUAUAAGUUAUAUUGAAGAAACUAAAGAAGUAUUACAAAAAUCGUUUAAAUUAAUUAAUGCACUUAUUGAUGUUAUUAGUAGUAAUAAUAUUUUAAAUUUUUGCUUAUUUGUUAUGGAAGUAUCCCAAAUUCUUACACAAAGUAUGAAGAGUACAGAUGAGUCUAAUCUGAAGCAGCUUCCACAUUUUGAUGAAGAUUUAAUUAAAAAAGCUAAGAAGUUAGAAAUUUUAGAUGUGUAUGAUUUGAUUAAUGCUGAAGAUGAACAACGGGAAGAGUUACUACUUAGUUUAAAUGUCAAUCAAAAAAGUGAAAUAGCAAAUAUAUGUAACAUAUUUCCAGUGAUCCAAGUCCAGUAUGAUAUUGAUCUUACAAAACUGUACAAAGUCAAUCAAGUUGCAACUUUAAAUUUGAUUAUUGAGAGAGAUUUGGCUGAUGAUGACACCACAUCAUCAUCUAUGGCCAAUAUUUUUGCACACUCUCUUUACCUCCCAUUCCAGAAGGAAGAACUCUGGUGGAUUGUGAUUGGAAUUAAAAAAAUGAACCUUCUUUUGUCCAUAAAAAAACUCUCCCUUCUCAAACCGAUCAACAAUGUGAAACUUAAUUUUGAAUUGCCUGAUAAACCUGGACUUUAUGACGUAGUCAUUUAUGUCAUAAAUGACAGUUAUGUGGGAUGUGAUCAGGAGUACGAGUUCGCCAUCCAAGUGGCAUAA